AGCCAGGCAGCCCUGUCCCAGGACCCCUCCCCACUGGAUUUCGGUCUCCAAAGCCUGGCCCAGAGCUUGCUGGGGAUGGGGGAUGGGAGGGACCAACCACCAGCGGAGAAUGGACUCCGGGAAGGUGGCAGGAGCAGAGGCCCAGUGUGUCCCCGUUUGAUCCCAAGUCAGUCUUGCCUUGACCUCCACCUUCGCCUGCAACUCGUUCCUUCAUUGUUGGGUGGCGACAGCAGCUUGAACAGACAGAUGUCCGCAGGCAUGGGGACAGUAGACAGUGGUGCGGUGGCCCCUGGGACCCCACAGCCCACCCGCAUCGACGUGCACAUCCACCAGGAGUCAUCUCUGGCCACGCUCCUGAUACGUGGGUGCUCCCUGCUCCGGUCCCUCACCCCUGGCUCCACCUCCCAGACCUGGGGCAGGAGACGGCUGCUGGUGGCCUCCUGGGUGCUGCAGAUGGUGCUGGGGGCGUUGAGUGGGGUUCUGGGAGGCUUCCUCUACAUUUUCUACUACGGCGGCUUGCGUGACUCGGAAGCUGCCAUCUGGACAGGGGCUGUGGCUGUGCUGGCUGGAGCUGUCGCCUUCAUUUAUGAGAAACGGGGUGGCAUCUACUGGGCCUUGCUGAGGACCCUGCUCUCCCUGGCAGCUUUCUCCACGGCCGUUGCCGCCAUCGUCAUUGGGGCUCUUAAUUUCCAUAAGUACAACGAUUAUAUUAGCGACUAUGUCUGUCAUGUCUCCUCGAUGUCCUGGUCCUGGGCCACCAGGCCCCCUAGCACUCGAAGUCCGGAAGAAGCCAGAAGGCUGGACCUGUGCCUCUCCUACCUGAGCAUGCUGAAGGCCCUGUUCAUAAGCAUUCAGGUCAUGCUGUUGGGGGUCUGGGUUCUGCUGCUUCUGGCAUCUCUCAUCCCCCUGGGUCUGUACUGCUGGAGAAGGUCCCAAAGUAAGAAGGAAACAGACCAGAAGAAACUGCUGAAAGUGACUGAAAUCUAGCUCUGCUUCUCCUGAGUGCUCAUGCCUGGACUCUCUCUGGACUGGGUGUCCCUGCCUCUGGCUCCUGGGAGAAAGACCAGGCUGGGGAAAAGUUAUCCUUCCCUCUCCGCCCCGCACCGCCCCUGCCACUCCCACAGUCACGGCCCUCUCCACCAAUCAUCACACCACUCGUGCCCAUUUCUGGCUCACUUUCACCAUCCCACCCUGCUUCACGGCCCCUCCUGAGCAGUGAUGACAAUAAACUAUCUUGUUGUUUCUCCCA